AUGUCUGGUCGUGUGUGCGCCAGCGUCUUUCAGAGAGUUUACUGCUUACGGAUCUCUGUCCAUGCCUCAUCACAGUGUCUUCAACGUGCACACUUUUUAUUAAACCACUCGACUCGUCACGACCAACAAUGCCACUUCUCAUCCCGGAUUAAAGAAACUGACCAGACACUCUUCUCUAGAAGAAAACUUAAAAUCAUAUUUCUGUGGAAGCACAGCUUUUCAACUCGUCAAGAUUUGGACUUUCAACUCAGUCAGGUCCAGAUUAACAGUCUUCUUCGAUCAAAUGAGCAGAGUGUCAGUGUUCCAGAAUUUGAUGGCAGGGACCUGAGCUCUGUGAGGAAGUUUGAGAGCAACCAGGUAGCUGCCAAUAAUCCUAAUGAGGAUCGCCGCAGUGCAGCUACAUGUUUACAGUCAAAAGGAAUGCUGUUUGGAGUGUUUGAUGGCCAUGGGGGCUGGCCAUGUGCACAAGCAGUAAGUGAAAGACUGCUGUACUACAUAGCUGUGGCAAUGAUGUCAAAGCAGAGCCUGGAGGAGUUGGAGUGCUGCAUGGAACAAGGCAAAGCUGUUCCUCCCAUUUUGCAGUGGCAUAAGCAUCACUCUGAUUAUAACUACAGAGAAUCAGCAUCACUCUAUAUUGAACACCUGCGGGUUUUCUGGCAGGAGCUUCUAGACAGUGAAGAACACGGUGACGGCAUGAGCCCUCUUGAUGCCUUAGAUCGGGCCUUCAAAAGACUUGAUUCUGACAUUUCUUUGGAGGCCCAGGUUCCACUUUCGAACAGCUUGAUGAAAAGCACAGCCAUUCAGGUGGCAUUUGCUGGUUGUACAGCAUGUGUGGCCCAUGUUGGCCCCGAUAGUAUCCACGUGGCCAAUUCAGGGGACUGCAGAGCCGUGUUGGGGGUUCAAGAAGAUGAUGGUUCAUGGAGUGCACUUCCACUUUCCUGGGACCACAACACCCAGAACCCUGCAGAAGUGGAACGAAUAAAAGCUCAGCAUCCACAGUCAGAGAGAGAUACAGUGCUAAUUGACGACCGGUUACUUGGGAUUCUGAUGCCACUGCGAGCAUUUGGAGAUGUGAGAUUUAAAUGGAGCCUUGAGCUGCAGCAGAGCAUAAUUUCCAGCCUGGAGUCCACUGUGGACCUGGAUUCUCUGAACCUGUACAACUAUGUCCCUCCAAACUACUUGAGCCCGCCCUACCUUGACGUGACACCAGAGAUAACACAUCACAAGCUACGGCCUCAGGACCGCUUCCUCAUUCUGGCCACAGACGGCCUGUGGGAUGAACUGUCUAGUCAGGAGGCUGUGCGGUUCGUUGGAGAGCACCUCAGUGGGAUUCACAUGCAGGCCCCAGUCACUAACUCGGAGAGGCGGAUGAAGCUGGGUAAACUCCAUGAGCUCUUACUGAAGCGGCGUGCCCGAGCCUCCCCAGCCCUGGACACUAACGUGGCCACUCACCUCAUCAGACAGGCCCUGGGGAAAGGAGACUAUGGAGAGCUGUGUCAGGAGAAACUGGCCUCUAUUCUGUCUCUGCCCGAAGACCUCGCCCGGAUGUACAGGGAUGACAUCACAGCUACCGUGGUGCUCCUCAACUCUGACCUGGCUCGCCCUCGUCGUAGCUGA